UAGACUGGGGAGCCAAGAAGCUGCUGCGAGGAGCUGCAUUGCCACUGCUAACACCGGAGUAGAGGAACCCCGAAGUUCCAGCCACUCCCUCUUUGCGCCCCGUCCUUCUACUGCACCCAACCCGGAGAUUCUACCUCUCUAACCCUCUCGGCAGGAGAGAGACAGCAGCCCCAGCCGAUCUUCUUCCCCAUCAACGUAUGGGAAGGGGGUCCGCCCCGACCGUCGAUCCAUCAUAGUCUCAGGCUACAGUCCGCUGGCAAGCAGGUGUCUUGAAAAACGGAGCGGCAGCGGGAAGCUGCCAGGGCUCUCCCACCCCCCCUGCUGCCCUCCCCCGACCCGGAUGGGCGUCCAGAAGACCCGCUCUGAAACCAUGCUGAUGGGCACCGACCCUGCCAUGCCUGGGGACGAGGACGGCCGAGUUGGGGUGAGCGAGGUGCAGGGCCGCUACUUCUACCAGCCCGAACCUCGGGCCCCUCUGGAUGCCGGAGUAGCUGACCGAGACUGCAGAAGCAGCUGCGACGGGGCACUGGGCGUCCCCUACCCGGGAGCUGCUAUGGUCCCUGUGGGCGUGCAGCCAGCUCCCAGCCCGGGCCGCUUCCUCUCCCCUUACCCUUUCCCCGCCCGGCCACAGCCUCAGCAGGCGGGCUACGCAGGAAGCCCGGAGCCCUAUACGCUUCCCUCGGGUGGUGAGGGCUUCCAGUCAGUGGACGGCUACUCGGGCGCCGGCGGAGCCGUGGGUGGGCUCUAUCCCCGCAGCAGCCAGUUCUUCCCUGGCCCCGAGGCCAAUCUGGGCAUCCGAGCCAGGGAACCCUGCAGCGGGACCGCUUUCUCCGGCAAAUUGAAAGUGGUCCUCGGCAACCAUUCACUGUGGCUCAAGUUUUACCGGCAGCAGACCGAAAUGAUCAUCACCAAGCAGGGCCGGCGGAUGUUCCCCUUCCUGGCUUAUACGAUCCAUGGGAUGGAUCCUGUUGCCCAUUACCGGGUGUUUGUGGAAGUGGUGCUGGUUGAUCAACACCACUGGCGUUAUCAGAAUGGCAAAUGGGUUCAAUGUGGAAAGGCUGAGAACAACAUGCCAGGGAAUAGGCUAUAUAUCCACCCAGACUCACCCAACACGGGGGCCCACUGGAUGCGGCAAGAGAUAUCAUUUGGAAAACUCAAGCUGACUAAUAACAAGGGAGCCUCCAAUAAUGUAACCCAGAUGAUCGUAUUGCAGUCCCUCCAUAAAUAUCAGCCAAGGCUUCACAUAGAAGAAGUGAGAGAUGGUGACCAUGAGACAGCAGGUCCCUCUUCCUUGACCCACAUCUUCACCUUCCCAGAAACGGAGUUCAUUGCUGUGACUGCAUAUCAGAACUCUGAGAUCACACAACUAAAAAUUGACAAUAAUCCCUUUGCCAAAGGCUUUAGAGAAAGCUUGGAUACGUUCCUGACAGCUGUGGAAGCCAAUACCACUACUUCUCCUGAACCAGUUUCUGGCUAUCCUCUACUGGCUAGGAGCCGGUACUUACCAAGUCAGUACUCAUCACCCAAUCCUUUUUAUCCUGAGCCACAUCAUGGGCAACCCAAGGAUGGAGUCCCCCUUCCUCCCUGGCUCUUUACUCAGGCUCCCCAGCCACCCUUGGACUAUACUUAUGACCCUUCUUACAGUAGCAGUAAGAUCCUCCCCUUGGGCAUGAAUGGUAUGAAGGCUGGACUUCUGCCCUCCACUUCUCCACCCACCAUGCCUUACUACCCCAGCCAAGAUGCUCUAAUCCCUCUAGGAGACUGGUCAACUUCCCCCUCAUAUAACUGCAAAGUCAACAAUGGGGGCUGGCUCCGAUCUGUGCCCCCAAUGCCUAUGGACCCUGUUAUUGGAGCCCAAGAAGAGAAGAGGUCUGAGGAGGAGAUUUGGACUGAUACUCCAAAGUCAGAUUCUAAUGACUCAGGACUUGGUGAAGGAGACUCGAAGAGGAGACGUGUGUCUCCAUAUGAUUCAGGCAGGGAUGACUCCUCACCUGCCCAGGGCCCCUCUGGGGAUUCCCCUUUCAAGAAAGAGCAGCCUCUUGGAGACCAAGUAUAUUUUUUUAACUGAGAUAGAAGGAGCAGUGCCUUUGGCUCUUGAUAGAAGAGGAGUUGGAGAGGUGCUUCGGACUCAGAAAAAUAAACAUGAUGUUGGUUGGGCACAUUCAAGCUGCGUCCACCUCUCCUUGAGGGUGUCUCCUCAAAGCAGAGGGCCCAGCUUGAGAGAAUGCCCAAACCAGGACUUAGAAGUCUGUCUUCCCUUAAUCCUCAUGUCUACUCCCCAAAAGUCAAUAGAAGGAAUGGUAUCUGUGCUAUUCAUACUCCUUCUGACCACAACCAUCUUUCCCUGGUGCUGCCUUCCAAGUGUUUACUGGAGAACAUGAAGGAUGAACUCUGCUCAUUUUUGAUGUGUAUCUUUGUGUGGGGGUGCGGAGGGGAGAGGGAAAGAGGGGAAAUAGACUCUGCUAUUCCUUAUGGUGCCUGGCUAAUUUUUUACUUAACCUUUUAAAAAACACCUACAUCCUUUUAAAAAGAAAAGAGGAUGUGAGAAGCAGGCCAGAUGUAAGGAGAGAUUCCAGUGUCCUUAAAAAAAAAAAAGGUCUGAAAGCUUUCCUAUGUAGGGAGAUAGGCAUCCUGGAAUAGUUGGAAUUGGAAGUGAGGUGGAAGCAAGGUUUAUUUCAUGUUUAGAUUUUUAGAAAAAAAGUGUUGUUGUUUUUUUAGAAGCUAUUUAUUGUCCAUGAUAUAGGAUGCCAAUAUCUUUGAUUUAAUUCUUUUAAAUAAACU